AACUUCGCACCACCGCGUCGACAACAACAUAUAAACAACCAUGCAGACCUUUGUAGCUUUCGCCGCCCUCCUGGCUUGCGCCGCCGCCGCCCCCGGCCUCCUCGUGGCGCACCAGCCCGUGGUAGCGGUCCACUCCGCCCCCGUGGUCCACGCCGCCGUCCCCGUGGUGGGCUCCAAGACCACCAUCACCAAGAGCAGCCAGGUCGUCAACCACGGCACUCCUGUGGUCCACGCUGUCCACGCUGCCCCUGUCGUGGUCAAGACCGCUCAUGUUGUGGCUCCCGUUGUUCACGCCGCCCCAGUCGUCCACACCGUCCACUCUGCCCCAGUAGUCCACACCGUCCACGCCGCCCCAGUGGUCCACGCUGCCCCAGUGGUCCACGCCGCCCCCCUGGUCGUGAAGACCGCCCCCGUGGCUGUGGCUCACAGCAGCUCCGUCGUGCACCACGGCUCAGUCGUCAAGGCUGUCCCGCUCGUCGCCGUCCACCACUGAUUUCAUCUUAGAAUAAAUAACUAAAUUAUAUUAUU